UCUGGUGGCCGGCUGCCGCGGCCGCCCUGGUCGGGGCCAUGACCGGCUUGCCGCCCUCGCCGGCGGAGCCCCCGGCCGGCCAGGCCUGCGCGCUGGAGGGGCUGCCCCCGCUGCCCAAGGGGCUGAGCGGCAUCCUCAACUCCAGCGGCGGCUCGUGGCGCGAGAUCCAGAAGGUCUACAGCAAGACGUCGCGCAUCCAGGACGACCUGCGCCAGGCCCAGGCCCAGGCCGCCGCCGCCGGGGAGAAGCCGCCGCCGCCGCCGCCGCCGCCGCGCGCCAGGCCCGCCAACCUGGACGCGGCGCUGGCCGUGCUGCGCAAGGAGAUGGUGGGACUUCGGCAGCUGGACAUGUCCCUUCUUUGCCAGCUCUGGUCUUUGUAUGAGUCCAUUCAGGAGUACAAAAGCCUCUUCCAAGACCUGUCAUCCUCGCUGCACUCGGAAGGGAGCCUGGCUGCCGAAAACGGCUUCUCGGACGAGGAGGAAGAUUUUGACUUGGACCCGGUGAGUCCGGACAGGCAGCGGGAUCUCCCUCCGGCUCAGCAGCUGCGCUUCCUGCAGCCUCAAAACUCCCGGGACCAGUGGCUGAAGGAUUCUUUCCACAUUGCGAUCUGAGCCGGGCGUUUUUCCCCACCUGGAAAACAGCCUCAGGAAAGACCCAUUGGAAUUUUAGGGGUGGAAAAGGCAUCACGGUUUAUAAUGUUUUCUGUUGCUCUGGAACAAGCAAGCUGUUUUCCAGCUUUCCACUUAGCUCCUGGGCUUUUUCCUACCCGGUUCCCCCUGAGAAAGCUACGGGAUUUAUCCUUCCUUUUUCUGGGGAGAGAGAGGGUUUCACGGCAGAAUGCAGGUGGCCCUCCCCGCUCACCAGGCACUUCGAAGCGGACGGCCCCGAUUGCAACACCAGCUGGAAGUCUCACUGUCCGAUUGUCCUCCCUUUUGGGAUCGUCUUUGAAAAAGCUUUGGGAAAGACACGGAAAGGGUUCAGAUUAACAUCACUUGGAUGUCCGGUCAAAUCCUGGGCAUGAUGUUUCUCCUGCAAAUGGUCCUCUGUCUUGCAGCUUGCCUCCCCCAAGGAUCUGGAGACCACCAACUUCCAGAAUUUUCAGCCCACGUGCAGUAAAAAAGACCAAUCUUUGGAAUGGCACUAAAUUUGGGGAAGCUGACCUCAAGAAUGUUAUGGCUUGGGAGAAAAAAAGAGGAUUGCUCUGGCAGUUCUCCAGAAUGCAGGCCUCCACAAGGUGAAAUUGGGCAGAGGUUUACCAAAAUUUCCUGUCCUUGGCUGGGGGUGCUGUUCGCAUCUGAAGCUCUUUUGAUAUUAGAAGAAAUGAAAGGCUUUUCUGCAUCUCUCCGAGGUCCAGGCCUUGUCUCUUUCUUCCCCCCUACUGCCAGGCUUCCUCUGGAUGAAUGAAAUUCGGGGUGCUUCUCUUUGCCAAUCCUCGUCUGCCCCCCUUCAGUCCUAAUGGCAUCCAAUUCCUUCAGGGAGCAAGAAUUGCAAUGCAGUGGCAGAAACUUUGCUUGCCCAAAUUCCUGGGUUUAGUAUGUCCCUAUAACUAGUCAGAAUCAUGAGGACCAGGAACUUAAUUUCUUUUCAAACAGGGAUGGCCACCCCAGCUUGCAUUCUGAGGAUCCGAGCUUCGAUUCCCGCCGUUGCUGGAUGGCCUUGGCAAGGGCUCUCUGUUUUAAAACUGUAAAGACCUGCCUUGCAAAUUUAUUUUGCUUGCAGCUGAAGCUUGCAAGAGAGGGGUGAUGGGGGCAGAAAUGGGGGGUGGGUUGGGGGGAAUUCUUCCUGACGCACCUUCUCUUUGCUUCUGGCAUUUUGCUGCUGAAAAUCUUUAGCGUAAACUUAGAAAUGGGGCUGAGAUGUUGAAAACGGUGCAUGGGAGGUCUGAAUUGCUGCCCCGUGCCAUUAAGUUAUAAUGGAUUUUAUUUAUUUUUGGUUUAGCAUGUCAGGUGAGCCAAGCUAUGCUGGUUUGUGAGCUCUGGUUUAAGGCUUAGGACAAGGAGACACGUGGUAUGGCUUAUUCAGCAAAUGGUGGCUUUGCACAACGUGUGUGAACCCGCACAGGGUGGGCAACCAAAUAGGAUUUUGCAUGAUACACGUUAACUUCCUUAGUAGGGGCUGAUUAUCCCACCUCCUCCUCCUCAAUUGCACACUAAUAAGGAAUAGUUAGCUAGGAAUGUGCUGUAUACAACAACAUUUGUUAGAUUUUUUUUUAAUCUGGCCAUACUUGCAUUGGCUGGAUUUUAUUACUGUUAAUGCCACGGCCAGGUUGCAUAACCCGCCAUCUUGGCAAAGUAUUUAAUUGCAUACUGUUUUCUAAUAGUAGUAGUAUUUGGUUUUUUUUAGAGCCUUGAAAUAUCCAGGAGGCUUUGGGAAGAGGAUAAGGGGAUGCGAAACCUUUGCCUCUCUUUCUUUCCACCCUUUGGGGAUUGAGGGCAAAGCUUGGGUGGUUAACUAAUAUUUUGGCAGCUGGACGGGCCAUUUUUCAAUGGGGUCCGUCACAGCAAACGUGGGAGGUGGGAAAUAAAGUGUCUUGGUCUCUUGAACAAA